AUGGCGGGGAGGUACGACCGCAACCCGUUCGAGGAGGACGACGUGAACCCCUUUGCGGGAGGAAGUGUACCUCCUGCUUCUAAUUCUCGGAUGCCACCUCUUCCUCAUGAACCAGCAGGCUUCUACAAUGAUCGUGGUGCGACAGUGGACAUACCUCUUGAUUCAACUAAGGACCUAAGUAAAAAGGAGAAAGAACUGCAGGCAAGGGAAGCUGAGCUAAACAAACGGGAAAGGGAACUGAAAAGAAAGGAGGAAGCUGCAGCCAGAGCUGGUAUUGUCAUUGAAGAUAAGAAUUGGCCACCCUUUAUGCCCAUUAUUCAUCAUGACAUUGCAAACGAGAUACCAAUUCACCUACAAAGGAUGCAGUACCUGGCGUUUUCUUCACUGUUGGGAUUGACAGCCUGCCUUUUUUGGAACAUCAUUGCAACUACAGCAGCAUGGAUUAAAUCAGAAGGUGUCAUGAUCUGGUUGCUAGCAAUCAUCUACUUCAUCUCUGGUGUCCCUGGGGCCUAUGUGCUUUGGUAUCGCCCGCUUUACAAUGCGAUGAGGACUGACAGUGCUUUGAAGUUUGGGUGGUUUUUCUUGUUUUACCUGCUCCAUAUACUAUUCUGUGUCUGGUCAGCUGUGGCUCCUCCAUUUCCAUUCAAAGGAAAAUCUCUGGCUGGGAUUUUGCCGGCUAUUGAUAUCAUAGGCAGGAGUGCUAUUGUGGGGAUAUUUUACUUCAUUGGAUUUGGAAUGUUCUGCCUUGAAUCACUGCUCAGCAUCGUUGUUAUUCAGAAGAGAACUGUUCUGAGAUAUUAUUAUUCUGAACUUGUGGAAAUACAGCAAGUAUACAUGUACUUCCGUGGAAGUGGAAAAACUGCAGAGAUGAAGCGAGAGGCGGCCCGUGGUGCUAUGAGGAAUGCCUUUUGA